GCCGUACACAUUUCUAAUUUGUAAUUACACUAUCGUUCUCCACAAGAAACACAAAGUCACAAAAAAAUCUACAAACUACUACGACGACUACUAAUUAUUUAGGUGUGCUAUCUUCUUCUCUUCAAUUUCUUCUUCUACCUCCUUAAUUUACACUCCCCACCAACUAACAAACCCAAUUCUUGAAGCUCAAACACACAACUCACAAUGGCUUGGAUGACCCGGUUUCUCGGAGCCGUUACAUUUCUUGCAAUCGGGGUUUUAUUUUCUCCCGAAACAUUUGAAUCAAAGUCAUCAAAGAUCACAACUUUCGUUAAGCUAACUCAUCUUCUGUGCUUUUCAACUGCUUGGGGUGCUGCUCUUUGGGUCACUUUUAUUGGUGGUAUCAUCAUGUUCAAGAAUCUUCCGAGGCAUCAGUUUGGGAAUUUGCAGAGUAAGAUGUUUCCUGCGUAUUUUUCGAUGGUGGGUGUUUGUUGUGCGGCUUCAGUGGCUUGUUUUGGGUAUACACAUCCAUGGAAGUCAGCUUCUAGCUCGGAGAAGUAUCAGUUGGGGUUCUUGCUGUCUGCAUUUGCUUUUAAUCUCAGCAAUCUCUUGAUUUUUACUCCUAUGACCAUUGAGAUGAUGAAACAACGGCACAAGGUGGAGAGAGAAUCAAACAUCGGAGAGGAAGUUGGCUGGACUAAAAAUCAAGAAGUAGCAAAGAAGAAUCCAAAACUUGCUGCGAUGAACAAGAAAUUUGGGAUGAUUCAUGGACUAUCCUCUCUUGCCAAUAUAAUGGCUUUUGGCAGUCUUGCUAUGCACUCAUGGUACUUGGCAGGUAAAAUUGAUCUUUAGAGUGAAGCUCAUUGGAAGUUAUCCGAGGAAGCUGUACCUUGUUAUGUUGAAUGUUGGGUCUGAAUCAUCGAAAUAUUCCAACUUAUUCACUCGAUAUCGGUUUAACAGACAGGUUUGUGUACAAUAAAGGAGAUAUAUUAUAUAGAAAUUCAGUUGUUUCAA